UCGUGUUGUUCCAGGCUUUGUCUCUUCUUUUUACCAAAUUUUAAUUGCACUAGCAUGCAUUGGUGGACUUCAGGGGGCAUCAUGGGUGCCAGCAACGAAACUGGUGGCAAAGUGGUAUACCGACGGCACAUAUGGGAAAAUGUUCUCAAUUCUUGGCUGCGGAAGCACAGUUGCUGGUCUUUUCAUACCAUUAUUAGUUGGAGCAUAUUGGCGUGUUAUAAUGUUGGUAUACUCCGCGUUUGUAUUCUUUUGGCUACAAAACGACGACGUGAAACCUUCUUCACCUUCGACUAAAGAAGACGCAGCAAAUCUCACAUCUUUGAUCUGGUCUCCAGUUAUUUGGAGUGUAGGAAUGAUCUAUCUCUUUUCUAUGGAGGUGAGGACCGUUUGCGAAACUUGGAUUCCCUUGCACAUUAAUGAAAACGGCAUGAGUCCGGCUACAUUUCAAGUACUGUACGAGAUUGGAGGGUGA